GUUUGGAGAGUUUUUCAAGAUGGCUGCGCCCAGAAAGAGUUGGGCAACUUAUAUCAACAGCAAAAAAAUUUUCUGUGGAAUUUAGUUUUCUUUAUUUAACAUAUUCUUGGAACUGAUUUUUAAAGUUAACCGUCGGUAAUUAGAGUUAAAUAAAAUAUAAGUAAGUUAUGUCUUUUGAACAUCAUGGACAAACAAGCAUUAGAGGCUAAAAUACGAUACCAAGUGGCUUGUGAAGAAAAAGCACACCGCAUUGUUGAACAACUUUUGGAACCUGGGAUAACGGAGGCAGUUCUAGCAGAUGUUGGGCUGUAUAUAACACCAGAUCACUAUCAGGACAUAACAGAAGAAAGAGCAAUAACCAAAUUAUGUGGAUAUCCAAUAUGUAAUAACCAGAUUACAAAGGUGCUGGGCCAGAAGUAUCAUAUUUCCACUAAAACUAACAAGGUCUAUGACAUCACAGACAGAAAAAACUUUUGCAGCAAUGAGUGUUACAAGGCAUCAGUAUACUAUCAGAAGCAAAUCUCUAGCUCACCAUUGUGGUCUAGGAAGGAGGCCACACCAAAACCUAUCACUCUGCUUCCGAAGGAAUUAAACAGAGGUUCUGUGGGGAAAGAAGUGAUAGACAAACAAACUGAACUGUACAGAGAAGCAAAACGCCUCAGGGAUGAGGAGAAACAGGAACUGAGCAAAAAGUCUGGAUGGGCUGAUGGUGAGACUGACAGAACUAUAGAAAAUAUAGUGGUGGAUUUAGAAAAACAUCACAUAAGUGAAAGUGAAAGUCAGGAUGAUGAAAAGAGUCUAGAAAAAAGAAGCAGUGUGAGGAGAGAGAAGGGAAAACAGGAGGAUAUUGGUGAUCAUCCACAGAGAAAUACGGAAAAACAUGGAGAGACAUCUUCCUCAGCGGUACUACGUGUACCCGCCAAGUCUGACAAUGACCAAAGUAAAAAGGUUACAAAACUAAUGGCUCUUCUAGACAGAAGGAAGCAUUUGUUGGGAAAGUUAGUGCAGGAUGAAACAGUGCAAACAACAGCUAAACUGGACAGUGUGAAAGCUUCCACUAACAGGGGAUCCACAAACAGGCCUGAUGAUGAGGAGAACAGUGAUGAAGACAUCGAUGAUUCAUGUAUUCAAUCUCAUUCUGAGAAAGAGAACAAGGAUGAGGAAAAAGUAGUUGUCCAGGGAAACAUUGCAGUUAUAUGUGAAAAAACAACUAGUGAAGCCGUUACAGAAGUAUCUGAUACAGACAAAAAGAGGAAAAAAAUAAAGGGAAAUAUCUCUACCACAAACAUCUCUUACUUGGGCAUGAUAUGUGAGUUAAUGAAAGAGUGGAUAACCCCAGAGACCUUGAGCUUUGUUAACUGCCAGGGGGAGGAUGACGAGAAACAAGCUGGAAUAUCGACAGAGAUGGAGGCUAAAAUCAAGGACCUCUGCAGACGUGUAGAUCAGCAAGAGGCAACUCUUGAUGACAUCAUAGGGGAGGAAGAUAAGUUGGAAGAAGAACUUCCUGUUAGGUCUCCAGCACCAGACUAUACAUCACUGAAAAAAGAAACUCAGAAUUUCACAAAGCAGGUCCAAGACUUCUUUGCAGGUGGAAAAGUCAUUAUUGAGAAGGAGUCAAAGGCAGGGGCCCCUGUGUACUUGCCUACUGUAGAUUCCCAUGACCAGCUGCUUAUAAGACAGAGGAUUGUGAUGGAUCAGCUCAACAAAGUCAUACCUGAUCUCCUUCCCUCAUUAAAACUUACCAUUCAGGAGGUAUUUGGGGAUAUGAAGCAGCUUGUAAUGACUUUCAGACUAAGCAGUAAAAAUAUUUUGUUCAAACCUGCUGAGUGGACACUUGUUGGUUUACUGCUUCUCAAAAUUUUAUCACGGAGGAGCCUCCAAGUGGCAUGUGCCUUCUUGAACCUAUCAGCUGUACAGUAUUUUUCCGUUCUCCUAAAUGCCAUCAAAGAAAACAUGGAAAAUGUGGACUCUCAUGUAACCAAUAUGUUACAACAACAUGGCAUAUGAAAUGUUUUAAAAAUAAUUACCUUCUGAAUGUAUCUAUUUGAAGCUUCAGUUGUAGAGGGGGAAAAUGAGAGAAAAAAUUAUCACUAUCAAUGUUUUUAUAUUAUUUAACUUCACUCGAUGCAAAGCAGACUUUUUCAAUGCAAGAAAAUUACAAUUCUUUUAAGGUUUACUAGGUAUGGGGGUCUUUGAGUGAGAGUGGCUCAUCCUAAGGAAAGAAAUACUGGAAACAGGUUAAGAUCAUUUAAAAUCUUCCCCGAGAACCACUGAACCAGGAUAGAUAAAUUAAACUGUAGAUCUCAGGAGUAGGUUGAAGUGCAAUAAUUAUUCAUAUUAGAUAUUCCAUAAAAAUGCUAGAUUUCUAAAGACCAUCAAGAUUACAUUUUAUUUCUUCAAAUAAAAAUGCAAGCAUCCGUACAUACUGUACAUGCAGUGUAGAUGCAUUUAGCUUUCGUGAGACAAGAGUUUGAGAUCCAGUUUACCAUGAAGAAUAUGCAUACCAUGUAUGUUUUGCGUUGUUAAUGCCAGGAAAAAAAUUGAAGAAAUUUGGUUGGUGUCCAGUAUUUGAGUAAAGGGAGCUAACUACAGAGAGUUCUAUAUUAUCAUGAGGAAAUGCAUAAAUUGUUUUUCCAGUUUGUUUUUGUUGAUGUUUUAAGAAACAUUUAAAUUUGGGAUAAUAAAAUUUACAAUAUAUGUCA